CCUCAGCUGGGAAACACUGAAGAUGACUGACGGCUGUUUGUGGAUUACAGACAGUUCAAAACACUUGUAGACGAGCCCAACAGUCUUGCAGCUAUGACUUGCAUACACCCCCAACAUGGAUCUCAGCUCUAUGAGAACAGCCUUGGCAGCUCGGAGCUUCAGAGCACAGACUUUAUCUCCAAACUGGCUGUGAAUAUGAUCAGCCCACGGGACCGCCUCUCUGCUCCAUCCCUGCCAAGCAUCAACUCCCUGGUGGACACUCACAGUAGCGACUUUGAUGCAUAUUCAUGUCAGUUUACUGCAGCCCCUGUACUAGUCCCCCCAUCGUCUGGCCAGGAGACCCCCCUCAAGCUGGAUGACCUCCAGGUUUACGGCUGCUACCCUGGAGCGUUCACGCUGAGUUAUCUGGAUGACGCUGUGUCCCCUGGUGGGUCAGAUUAUUUUGGCAGCCCUGCAUCGACUUUGUCUCCUUCAACCCCCCGGUUCCAGAGUCAGCAUGCGUCCAACUGGGAUUCAGCCUUCGGGCCAUACUCACCCGGUCCAGGAUACUGGGCGGCAGAGGACACCUCAGUGCCACAAGAGCCCACUUUCUUCCCUUUUGGUUCUGUGGAGGACAUGUCUCAUUUGGGUCCAACACACUUACAAGAGCAGGAUCCUUUCACUUUGACCCACCCUCAACCGUCAGCACUGACCUUCCCCCCCUUGGCGAUGGAGCAAGCACGCAUUCUCGAUGGUACUGACCAGCUGGAGGGGAGCUUAUCACCCAAAUUGCAAAGUCCCAGUGGGAAUGAGGGCUGCUGUGCUGUGUGUGGGGACAACGCCUCCUGUCAGCACUAUGGGGUUCGCACCUGUGAGGGAUGCAAAGGGUUUUUCAAGCGUACAGUACAAAAAAAAUCCAAGUAUGUUUGCCUCGCCAACAAAGACUGUCCUGUAGACAAGAGGAGGCGGAAUCGAUGCCAGUUCUGCCGUUUCCAAAAAUGUCUAGUUGUGGGCAUGGUGAAGGAAGUUGUGAGAACGGACAGCCUGAAAGGGCGAAGAGGUCGCCUGCCUUCAAAGCCUAAAGUGGUCCAGGAUGUGACGACCACGGUGUCUCCAGUGAGCAUGAUUGCUUCACUUGUGAGGGCCCACAUUGACUCAAACCCAGUCAUUGGCAAACUGGAUUACUCCAAGUUUGGUGAGACCGAAGUCAGUCCGAACCAGAAAGUUGAGGCAAGUGACGUCAAACAGUUUUACGACUUACUCUCAUCCUCCAUGGAGACCAUAAGGAAGUGGGCGAAGAGCAUCCCAGGUUACUCUGACUUCUGCUCAGAAGACCAGGAACUGCUGCUGGAAUCUGCGUUUGUCGAACUCUUCAUCUUGCGUCUUGCUUAUCGUUCCAAUCCUGAAAUGAACACGCUCAUCUUCUGCAAUGGGGCCGUGCUUCACAAGACGCAGUGCGUCCAAGGCUUUGGUGACUGGAUUGACUCCAUCUUGGAGUUUUCUCAAAGUCUCCAUCGCAUGAAGCUAGACGUUUCCUCCUGCUCCUGUCUCACAGCCCUGGUCAUAAUCACGGACCGACAUGGUCUCAAGGAGCCAAAACGUGUGGAGGACUUGCAGAACCAGCUCAUCGCUUGCCUAAAAGAUCACCUCUCUGGCUGCGGCUCCGACUCGUUGCGGCCAAAUUAUAUGUCCAGACUUCUCGGGAAGCUUCCUGAGCUCAGGACUCUGUGCACUCAAGGCUACCAGCGUAUAUUUUACCUUAAAUUAGAAGAUCUUGUUCCCCCGCCGCAGAUUGUGGACAAAAUCUUCAUGGAUGCGCUUCCGUUUUGAGUGUGAGAUGGGAGAGCAGUUCAUAUGAGAGCCAAAGAGAACAGACUGAGGAUCCUGGAGAAGAAGAAUCCUAAGGGAUUAUGCAGCUCUUGAGGAAAAGGCCUACAUACCAGUUAUAAAGCAAAUUAGUUAUAAAACUUGCAGAUGCAACAUGUACGAGGAGCCGUCCCAAAAUGCUCUUCCUUGUUUGUUUUUCCAGGAAAUUGUGUACUCUGUAGACGGGCCGCAUGGACCAAAAGGUGACUGUUUACAUAUAACAAGGUGCCCUACAAAAGGAAGAUGAUUGCAUUUUAUAAGCAGUUACAAAUUGAAUACAAAUCAUAUCUGCACCAUCAUUAUAAGAAUGUAAGCGCAAUAAUCUUGUUUUUUUAAUAACAAUCUUUCGACUGUAAAUUGCACAUAGAAUAUCCGACAAAGCAUCAUCAUAUCUUCAGCUCAACGAUUAAAAAAGGUUAUUAUAUUUCAGUUUAGAUUAAAUACUUCAGGUGCGCCAGGAUGUUUUCAAUUAUUUCACAGAACCACUCAAAUACACUUUUCAGCCUCAGAGUCCCUCAGAGCUCCAGUUUGCUUUAUAGCUAAUGCCACCAUAUGAUUUGGUGAUAAUACAGUAGGUUAAACCUACAGAAUCAUUCAGUAGUAUCAUUCAUGUAUCAUGAAUUUACAUUGUGCAGCUAUACUCUGUAUUGUCUUAUACACUGGACUUAUGUAGAUUAUUUUGAAUCUGUUUUAAACCUGUUUAAACACCUGCCGGUGUUGUUGCCACAUUAACUGUAUUCUGCAGUUUGGGCGAAAUGAAAUUUGUUUGGGUUUAUUUUUACAUACUAAGAGAUUAUAUUUUACUGAAACUAAACAUGAAAUAAAA